AUGCCCAAACUGCAAGAUAGUGUAUUUUCUAUCCUAAAAACGACAAGUUUAUCACAGGCUGUUUUUAGUUUCUUACAACCAACAGAGGAUUUUGUAGAGACACCUUUAGGAGGUAUACUACGUGAUGCUAAAUAUGGUUGGCUUGCAUUGGGACCAAAAUUCUGUGUUAUUGACCUUAGGAGUGGAUUAAAAGUUGCAGCAAAGACAUUUGGGAAUGGAGCAAGCCAUGUGGCUGUUACAAAUGUAAUAGAACUACCGCAGCCUCUCACAAAUAACUCUCAACAACUUAUCAUAAGUCUUGAAAUUGAUGAUGGGGGACUAAUCUGUGUGUUGCACAUUAAUGGAUCACAACUUUUAAGAUGUAUAGAGACUGAUGUCAUAAUUACUAAGCUUGCCUUAUGUGAUGAUGUAGACAUUGGCCCCUUUUCCUGCUUCGAUGGCCUCUUGAUGGCAGGCACUCAGAAGGGAGAGGUGUUGGUAAUAGAUUUUAAUAGAAGCACCCUGUUACAAGCACUAAAAGAUAUAGCACAAGGAAACAGUCAUCUAAUAAGAAAUGAAUCGAAUCCAGCUGGUCUGAGGCAAAUUUCAAUAAAAGCACUACACAAGUAUGAGAUACAAGGCGAACUGCCAAUUAACAAUGAUGAGCAUUUUGUGGUGCAGUUAAAUGAAGACUCUUUUCUGGACAAUCAGUACAUAUUCCGCAACCCAGAUGGCACAGUCCGAAUGAAAGCCAAAAGGGACCAUGUCAGAGUGACGGUUAUUCAGUACAUUCCUCAAUUAGGAAGUCUAGCUGUGGGGUACAAUUUUGGUGCUUUUCAACUGUGGAAUAUUCUGGAUUUAAUGCUGGAGUUCACUUCUCAAGUCAAUGUUGAGUGCUUGCCGGUUACACAUUUUGGGUUCCAGGAACCGUGUGAUGAUCCCAGAGCUUUUUGUUAUCUAUGGGUUGUCUUUUCUGAGACUGAAAGAUUCGAAGAACACGAGUUUCCUUUUGCUGUCAUGUAUUCUCUGACAUAUCAAGGAAAGAGAAUGCUCGUGGAUAAUAAAUGUUUGUAUCAAGAAUUCUCAUCAGCAACAGUUCGUUUCCAAGUGGAGCUAGGGUCCAUGGACCAUGCUCACUUGGUAGGAGGUCGCUGUAUAUCCACUCACACCUUCUCAAUAAAUACUAUGUUGGGAGAAGAGGGAGAAGAUACUAUGUUAAACUUAUGCCAGCUAGUAUGGGAGUGCUGGGGUGACCAAACCUCAUCAUCACACUACGGAAUGCUGUUAUUUGACCUAGACCAGUGGUACAAAGAUCAUAUGCCUUCAACUUAUCAACUACAAAGCAACACUUUUAUGAGUACAGCCUGGUGUUCAGAACUAGGUAGAGGAUGUCUAACAUUGGAUUUGAGGCUAGAUCCAAGCUCACUGUCUCCCUAUUCACACGCUACAAGGCUGGAAGAACACUUUUACCCCAACUCCUUACAAUAUAACUGCGUUUGCUUAAAUACAUCUGAAGCUAUAGUUCUGCACACAAUGGGAAUUCAGCGGCAGAUUAUUAGCUCGAUAUCCAGUUCGGGGCCGUCCUGUUUACUGACACCGGGGCGUUUGUACACUUCUUGCAUGUCCGCCGGUCUGCUGCCGGCCUAUCGCGACAUGUCGGUGGAUGUUGAUACAUCUGUGGAUGAACAGCGAAAAUUUCUGUUAUCUGUAGCGCUUGAAGCGCGUAUGUCACAGUUUUUAAAGCGCUGCGCUCAAGACUGGGCAACUGGAACGCACACGGGUGUCGGGUGUACUCUGACCUUCUUAGUGGACUGGGCAUGGAAACGCGCAAUCGAACUAAAAGAAAACGCCAAGGAAUUAAUUUCACCGCUAUUCACCUCUGCAACAUUACCUGACAGGAACGUCAUACGGUGUUUGGAACACUGUGUACAGCAGUUGAGUCAACUAACUGGUCUCCUCGAUGCUAUCUUGACGAAAUGCUGCAAUUUGGUAGUACCGGAAGCUCUGAGCGAAAUAGAAGAGAAGUACAAGGGCAUUGGGACCGUGUCAUUAUACUUCCAAGUGAUUCAGUGGUUCCUGCGAGUCGGCUUGUUGCCAGAGAGGAACCAUCCUCACGCCUCGUUGCCAUAUCCCGCUGAACAACUGUACACUAUUUAUAAAAAGCGUCGCGAGAAGUUGCAUCGUAUUCAGGGUGACACUAUAGAAGGUUGCACACCGAGUCCUCUGCUCUAUGUGGAUCAGCUUAUUAUCAAUGAAUUUGGAGGAAAACCUGUAUACCAAAUUUGGAUUCGUGCCGGAAGCGAAUGUGGCGGUCUCUACCCACCACCAUCUUUAUACGCGCUACUUAAACUCUACCUGUUGACUGAUAUCUCUGAAGAACACAAACAUUCACUCUUGUUGUAUCUAUUGUUCGACUACUCUAUGCUCUAUGAUGAUACACAGUAUGAGACGGUAAUUCGUCGUCUGAUGCAGUUUCCGCCUAUGUUUGGUCUCAGUACGACUCUGGUUCGCGCAACACAAGCUUUUUGGCACCUCGAUCACAGAGAUUUUCAUUUCGCCCUUGAUCAACUACAGUGCUUAACUGGCAACACACUAUCCGACUGGCAACACCAAGUGGUCCUAUCCUCGUUGCUAGCUCAGAAGAAAUCACAAGCUGCCUUACAAUACUUACACGUUAGAAAACCGGCGCCCAUCCAAAACCUGAAGCAAAAAGGGGAUUCCCCCAAUAAUGCAGUAAAUGGACACGACAAGUUGGAAGAUUGGCAGUCCUGUUGCAACUUGUAUUUGGCGAGAGGUUUAGUCUACGAAGCCUUGGACGUAGUGCGCAUGUGCGUACACAAUGCGAGCUGCGCAGACGACAAGAUACAAGUCUUGAAUUACUUCUUUAAAGGUUGCCGUAAAAGCGGCCAACUAUCAAAAGUACUACAAGUGAGUCUGUUGCCGCUGGAAGAGGACGUGUAUAUCAAAUACUUACGAGAGUGCAACGAACCACAAACGUCCGAUAUACUCAUCAUGUAUUAUUUGCAACAGGCGAGAUAUUUAGAAGCCGAACAAUACAACAAACAGAUUAAGUCCAAAAGCAAAUGGCGGGAAAUGUGCCGCUCCGUGGAAUCGAUGAACGAUGUGCUAGAACGAGAGAGCGCACGCGACGUACUGGUCGAUGUGAUGUGCGGUUCCGUGCCUAAUAUAGCCAACACUGUUGCCAGAUUUGUCACAGCCGAGUUUGAACCACAUGUUUUGAAGCCGAAGCCCAUGUCUGUGUAUGUAAAACCGAAGUCGCCCAAAAAUACGUUCACGUAUAAAUCUUCAUUCAUACAGGACACAAUUGAAAACGCAAGCGAAACAUGGAUAAACAAACCGAAAACGAAGAAGGGAUUGAAAAGAGCCCUGACUAUAGAUGAGACGCCCUUCAUUUGCACUCCGAAACUAUAUAAAACAAUGAGCUUCUUAUCAGGACAAAAGACAAACGAUUCUUCACCAGCUAAGCGUGUCAAAUUAGAUUUCUCACCAAAAACGCCCAAGAACAAAACCGGCAGCGCUGUGAAAGUGAGCCAGAAGUUAAGCGAGCAGAUCGCUACAUUACUAGAUAUGCCUGAUGUGGAGAGUCCCAGAUACAAAAUGAAUACGAGGCCCGAAACACCUCAUAGUAUACUUAAGACACGCCGACUAGACUAUCCAGAAAGAGAAGUAGCCUCGCCAAUGGAUUCGCGUUACCUAGCUGAGAGCGAUGAUGAAAUGGAAACGGCUAGUAAUCAUACGCACUACAGUGACUCCACAAAUAAACAUUUACGGUUCACGAUACCAACACCCACCGAUUUGGGUCCGAUUCCAUCACCAGUCGCAGUGACUGCGAACGCCCAACCGUCUCAUGACACUACGGACCAUGGACAAGACGUGCCAGAACAUGAUAAUACCAUGGAAUCGCCACCAAAGAAAUUGGCUGUUGAGAGGAUUCCUUCAAGAAAAUCUUACAAGGACACUGUUAAGGCCAGAAGAUCGCUAUCAACAUCAGCAAACAGUAGCCUCACGGAAGACCCCAACGCAUCCAUUGAAAGUAUUGCCGAUAUACCCAUCACUCUCAUUAACCCGAGGUAUUCCGGAGAAAGACGAACUACAAUGACGCCCGAACCCGAAGAAGUUGAUUAUGAAACAAACCGUCUCGACACAGGAAGGAGCGAGAUGGAAAUACGAUCGAGGUCAGAUGCAAGAAGGACGGAAGAUACCGUGUAUGAAACUACAGUGGAGUUGAGCUGCGCUCCGAAAACUCCCAAGGGCAGGCGUAGCAUACGUACUGUUAGUGAGAGUACGCCUAUAUUUAACAGAAGCCGCAGUGGAACCCCCGAACGCCAAGACUCCCCCGUUGUGAUGACACCCCUUCGCAAUACAAGAGUCACUCGGAGUCGAUCGCGCACACCCGAGAUCAGUCCAAGAACAUCCCCACUCCCGGCCAUUCCGGAAAUGCCUAAAUUGGAAUUGGAAACUGACCCCCACCCAACCGCCACUGUGGUGUCUAUAGCUGCAUCAAUAAGAAAUAGGUCUCGUACGCCAGAACGUGUAUCAAAAAUGGCAGAAUCACCUCGUCUCGAAGUCAUCGCAGAGUCUCCAACUAAGCAAGAUUCGCUAGCUUUGCCAACCCGUAGAAGUUUAAGGAGUCGCUCUCGCACGCCAGAAGUAGAAGUACAGAUAGAACAAAGCGUAAAAGAGAGUCCAAGAAACCUUCGGAGCCGUUCGAAAACUCCCGAAAAACUUAUGUCACCAAAAACAGAAAACGUAACGAAGAAUAAGAAAUCACUUUCCAGAAUAGUCCUUGAGGCGAAUACAUUCUCCAAGACAAAACAAGUAGAAAAAAUGGAAACUGAAAGCACUCCGGAAACUUCUGAAAGCGUAAUAGAAUGUACCCCAAUGAAAACUUCAAAACAAAUAUCAAGCCUUAUGGAUGUCACUUUUUCUCCGAUAGUGAAUAAAUCUAUACUACAGAGCUCGCAUGAAAGUAUUUCUGUCACUACAGAGAAAAUCGCAGAUGACAGUUCAACGAGAGAAGUGAAGUUGUCAACCUUUAGCGUACAUGAAGUUUACACUGAAAAAUCAGUCUUGCACAGUUAUCAAAGUAGUAUAGCUGAUGAUUCCGCUUCACAAGAAGAAAUUAAGAAUGAAAGUGCUGCCAUGCCCAUGUACACAACUUCCAAUGAAGAUUUUGCGAAAUCUGUGCUGCAUAGUUACGAAAGUUCUAUAGACAUAAGCGGUACAAAAGAAAAUAGAGUAGAACCAAUUACAACUAAAGUUCAUCUGAACGAAACCGAAACGGGCAAAUCAGUUUUAGAAGAUAACGGUGUGUUAGGCAAUCAUAAUCAAUCCAGUUUAAUGACUAGUGAUAGUGAAAUUGAAAUAGACAAAGAUUGGAAGACGGACGAGGCAGCGAACGUUAUACAGAAGGAGAAAGAAAAAAUUGUUGAAAUUGAAAGAGAGAUCAAUGAGAUUGAAGGGGAUAUGUCGGAUGACGAUUGUCGUGGUGAAACUGAUUCUGGAAACGAAGUGGUCGAGGUAGAGUCAGCGGAAGAGUCUGAAAAUGAAGAGGAAGAGGAUGAAGAAGCGGGGGAAGAGGAAGACUCAGAAGAUGAGACCAGCGAAAGUAAUUCAAGCGAAGUUAUCUCAGUAAAUGACUCUGAGUCAGAUUUAGAAUUGCAAGUUGAUGAACAACCUGAAAUCGAGCAAGAUGAGGAAGUUAUCGAGCAAGAUCAACAAAUAGAGAGCGAGCAAACAAUUGAAGGAGCGCCAAAUGUCGCCGCAGUAAAUGUAGAACUGGCUACAGAAAUUAAAUCGACUGAAAUAUCUGAAUCAGUAGAGGUGUCUAACGAUCCAUUGAAUCAAGCACAUUUGUCUAUAAUGACUGAUGAUAAUUCCAAUCUUGACUCUGAAUCUAUACGUCUACAUUUGUCAGAUGAAUCGGCCACAAAUCAGAAUGAUGGCAGUUGUGAAAGCCGCCAAGAUCAUGGUACUCAAGUAGAAGAAAAUGCUGAUGCUCUAUCUAAGCCUAAUGAAAUUGAACCUCAAGAAGCGAUGGAUAGAGCCAACUUUGAAUCUGUUAUUACUGAUAAAGGUACAAGAAAAGAUAUUGAAGUUCAGAGUAAAGAAAGUAAAGUACAAGAUACAGAUGUUACUUCAAUUGAAACUCAUGUGCCUUUAGUUGAUGAGAAUGUAAUAAAUGCUAAUGAAAAUAAGGAUUGUGAAAGUGAGAAAGAUCCUAAAAUCUCUCUUAAUGAUGCAUCAGAUGAGAAACCAGUACAAAAUAUGGACAUAGAGAAUAAUGUAACAACCAAUUCAAUUUUAGAUAGAGCUACACCAAGUUGUUCUAAUGAAAAUGAAAACCAGACUCCUCAAGAAAAAGAUCAAGCUAGUAAACAAAUGUCAGUGAUAGGAGAAGAUCAUAAACAAGGCGAAGAAAUAAUCAGUGCCACACCACCAUCAGUAGAAUUGACAGUACAGGAACUUGAAAGACAAUCUAGUAAGUCUGAAGUAAAACAAGAUAUAACUGAAACUAUAGAUAAUUCUAAAGAAGCUAACGAAAAGACGCCAGAGUUAGAAAAAGUACAAAAUAAAGAAAUCGCUAUAGAAAAAUCAAUUAAACCGGAAGUAGAAUUAUCAACACCGCGUACAAGAAGGCGAAAAUCGACGGCAUCAAAUAAGUCUGACGUAGACGUAGAAGAUACGCCUACUCGUUCUAGAAGACAAUCUUCAAAGAAAGAAGAAGAAGUUGUAAAUACACCGCGUAAGAUAGCUCAGUCUAUGUCUGAGAAAUCAGAUGUCAUACCAGAAACGCCAGAAACGGCAUCACCCAGGACAAGAAGGCGAUCUACGACUCCGAACACUGAAGUUAGAAGAAUUUUAACAAGGCGAGCAUCAAAGGAAAUGUCAGAAAAGGAUGAUAGCUUGAUGCCGUUAGAAGAACUUACACCACGACGUCGGACCCGCGCUACCAGCAAAAAAGACGACGAUACAGCCAGCGUUGCAUCAGAUGUUUCCUUAAAAUCUACACAAAGUAAAGCGAGCGAUGAAGAAAAGAGCGUCAGAAAGGGACGCAAAACAUUCAUCGCUAAACCCGAACUAACUGUGAUACCCGAAACCUCUGUUGAGGAGAAGAGUCAACAAAUCGAUGACUAUUCUACUUCGAGACGAGUAACGCGCCAUCAGAAAGCUCUACUCGAACGGUCAACCCUAUUGUCUCCAAAAUCGCCAGCAAGGUCAACGACCCCACUAACAUCGUACGAUGAGAGUUCCAAAGAGUCCUUUAUGGAGCGUGUUGAACUACUUGAUAAGGCGGACUUCGAAGGCACUCGAGAUCCCGAUGAAUACCCGUAUGGGAUAUUUCCUCUUCACUCGACGGCUACCAGAAUGCGAGCAAGGCGAGCCUCUUCAGAGACGAAAGUUGUGAGAGCGGCUAAGAUUGGGCGCAGCGCUUCUGUUGAUGUAGUCGUCGGAGUGCAAUCGGAAAUGGAGUCACCAAUGUCCACGCCCACUCGUGGUCGUCGUGCUUCGUUCACGCGUGCUGUUCAAGCGCUGCACACGCCAAAAGGACGGCGGACCAGUACUGAUAUUAGGAAAGGCGAAACGGAGAGCAACCCCGGGUCACCGGCAUCAGAAGUAGGCGUUAGUACGCCGGCACGACGCAGUACGCGUAGAACAUCCACGCAGUCUGCGACUAGUACACCAGAAGUUGGCAAAAGAUCUCGGAAGGGAGCAGAGAAGAAUCAAGAUGUUUAA